CUGUCAUUUCACAGCUGCCAGUGAGAGAGGCUGGAGCUGAGGGUGGUUAAAAAGGAGGGAAUCUUAUCGAGAUGGCAGGAGUUUCGUCAACAUUUCGUCUUUUGCAACGGAGACAGCUAUCGAAUAUUUCGAAUUUCAUCAAGAAACAGAGUAAUUUUGCAGCUGUUCGUGUGUCCACACCUAAAGUAAAAGUUUUGGCGACAUUACACGGAAAAGGAUCAAACGUGGAAGGACAGAAAGAUUUUCGGCGCCAUGACAGUAACUGUGCAAAGAGGACAGACUUGAAUUUUGACGAUAUCCUAACACUCCUGGGUAAUGGGAAUUUACAGCUAAUUGAUGUGAGGGAACCCAAUGAGCUGGCCCAACAGGGAGAGUUUCCCUCUGCUCUCAAUAUACCACUGGGACAAUUGGAAUCGGCCCUCAACAUGGCUCCACACACAUUCAAGGCUUUGUACGGUUGUGACAAGCCUGAUCUCCUCGAUGACAACAUUGUAUUUGCCUGUUACGCUGGCAUUAGGAGUUUGAAAGCCAUGAGUAUAGCUCAUGAAAUUGGUUACUUGAAGGCUAGACAAUACACAGGAGGGUUUAAAGAAUGGCUGGAGAAGACCGAGGAGAUCACUAAUUGAUUGGUCUAUGUGUUGAUGGUUGUACUGGGCUGGUGUGUGAUAUAUACAUAACAAUUAGUAUAAUAAAACCAUCUGUAAAUCCUGUCAGGACAGCUUAACAAAAAAUAUAGCUCAGCAAAAUAGCUCAGCAAAAUAGCUUUUACAUGGGAAGGUCAUAAAUUCCUCAAUAUCAGCACGCACUAACAUUUCAAUUGUUUUCUCGUUAUAAUCACUGUCAGUUACUUUCAGUGACCUUAAAUAAAUGUACUGAUAUGAAAGAUUCCACUACAAAACAAGAUAUAGACUGAACAAGUCUCUGAUGAUCACAGACAUGGCAUGGUUUGGGUCUUCAGCACAAUUAUUGGAUGAAUUUUAUCUUAUAAAUGGUCCUUAUUUUAACACGAAUUUGAGACCAUGAUGAAUGGUCAAUACUACAUAUAGUACAUGUCCUUUCACAGUUUUUUUUUUCAUUCCAAUUCAUGACUUGCAAUUUGUGGCCUAAACAUUUGAGCAAAGUUGGGUUUUUUGUUUUCUUUAUAUACUAGUUUUAAAAUUGGAUAAUGAAAGCCAAAACUUACUUGACUGCAUGUAAUUUUUAUUGCAAGUCUGAAUUGUGAGCUUGAUGGUUACAUUUUGACAAGGCCUUAAGUUCUCGUAAGGACAAAACCCAGAUGUUCAUUUUUUUGUUUUGGUACUCAGAAAAUGUGUUGCAAUAUAUACAAAAUUUCAAUAGUUUGAUGCAGAAACUUUUCAAGAUGUUUUGAAAAUAAUUUUGUGGUGAAAUCAGAAAGAUGCCAUAAUUUAUGUUCUUUUUCUUUCUUUUCGUGAAGAAGAUGAAGUAUGUGGUUUGUUGUUUAUUAUGCAUAUCUCUAAAACCUCUCUUCCUAAAGAACAUGCCAGUUACAAAAGAGUUAUCUCCCUUGUACUUUGUGAGAAAACUUUCUUCCUGAAGAACAUGCCAAUAUCCAAAGAGUUAUCUCCCUUAUACAUUUUAACACAGACUUGGAUAUAGAUAUAUAUUUAAGUCCAUGAUAUUGGUGUGUUGAUUUUAGUCACGAGGUGUUCAAAUGUUUUGAUCUGUUCCAUCACUAUGUUUACUGUGUGUGAUUAUUUGCUUCAGUUUUUUCCCCCACAUACUCUAUCAAGUUAUAUAAAAAUCCCACAAAGAAGAUUUCGAGCCAAAGAAUGAAAUUUUUAUAAAAAGUGUUUUGAUUACUUAGUCGUAUGAAAUUGGAUACAACACGUGAUGUAGCCAGGCCAUUAUUUGCUCAGAUACUUGUUCUUUAUUCAAGCACAGUUUUUUUGAUGUCUGACGGUGAUGUAUAUAGGCCAUUUACUAUAGGUGUAGAUUCUUCAUUUUAUCCCUAGAUAAACACUUGUACAGUGAUCAAUCUGCAAGUUAUUUUCUUGAGUCCUUUUCAACUUCAUUGCUAAAAACAAUGGGUCCCCCAAUGUAAAAUUCUAUAUCCCAUCAACAUUUGAUUUGGACAGGACUCGGGUAAAUUUAUCAGUGCUUGUGUCUACAUCACUGAGAAGACCCUGGUGUUAGAGUCAACAGUUUCAAGGAAAUAUGUGUGUCUUUAUCAAAUAGUUUUCUCAAAUUGAUUUGCUCUGUGUAACUCAUCAUAUCUUCAUUGGCAGGCAGUUAGAAAUUGUUUUGUUGUCCAUUUAGAAUUGAUUCCAGUUUUCUGUGGUUUCAUGAUCAGUAUUAUAAUAUUAUUGUAGAGUCCCUGGUUUGAUGUUGAAGGUCAUAGAAAGGUCAUAUAGAUAUUAAUGAGAAGCUUUAUUGUUGUUUCUGUCAGACUUUUUAUACCAAUUUAUAUUACAAAUGAUAUUAUGUCAUAUCUUGUUUGUCUCCCAUAUUGCCGUCAAACUAAUAUAUACUGUAAUGCUAGAAUUCAAUUCCAUAUGGAAGAUAUGCAAUUGAAAAAAAUUGUCAUAAAAUGGGACCAAUCUUUGUUACUCUUGAAAUAACCUGUUUCUGAUUAAUUGAAUGCUGUUUUCAGAAAGAGUUGCUAGCAUUCUUUAGUUAAGGAAGACAGUUGAGUUGUUCACGUAUAUAGAGGUUUUCCCUCAAUGGGCUUGUGGUGGGGAUAAUUCUGAAUGUUAUCAUAGAAAGCUGCCUUUAUAUACAAUAUAUUCAUAUGUACUGAAGGUCUAUUUGUGAUGGGAGUUUUCAGAUUUUAAGCUGUAUGAUGCUAACUUGGUGCCUGAUCUGAUGUCUGCUAUUUAUGGAGAUUUGGUGCCAGUAUUAUUCCAAAUGUUCUUUGUGAAUAGAACAUUAAUGCAAUAUGUCUGAUUAAAUAAACAUUAAAAUUAUUCUGUCCAUAUAUGUACAUUGUAUAUGUACAAUUCCCGUACUAGAUUGGGGGGUUGGGGUUGGCAGUGUUGAGUAAAAUUGUUUGUGAAUCUGUUGAUUAAGUUUGUUAUUGUCCUAUUGUAAUGGGGUUUUUUUUAUACAAAUGUGUUUUUAUUUAUUUUCUUGUCAUAUGCAUAUUAACUGUCAGCGUGCAAACCAAUGUCUCAUGAGAUCCAAUGUGUCACAAGCUUCAUUUCAACAUUUCAUUUUGUAUAAUUACCUGAUCUACUUAUCUAGAAGUUCCUUGUACUUGUCUCUGUUAACCACAUCAGCACCCUGUGGUGAUAUUUUGUUGUAUGAACUAUUCUCUCUAUCAUUUGGUGUCUUUUUGUAAGGACUUGUACAGUUAUACCUUGUUAACAUGAUCACCUUAUAUGGUAAAUUGAUAAUUACCUGUACUCAGCAUUCUGUAAACAAAACAAAGUGUACUCAACAAACAUUAUAUAAUUACUGCAUUGAUAUGUUUAAAUGUGAAUGUGUAUUUUCAAAUAAAUUUGUUAAUAAUA